AUGGACAUGCGCCACCAAGCCCCAGACGAGCUGGUCGGUACCGGAACACCUCUCGCACAUCCAAACGGCGUCGAAGCGAUCAAGGAUCUGGAUGAGCCAGAGCACCUACCUGUGACGAUACACUACAGCACGUUUCGUCUCUCGGGGAGCCAGGUCUCGACUGGUGGCGACGACGACCAACGUCUCGCGGCCUUCCGAGCCGCCGCGCAAGACAAAGCCAAAGCCAAAGCCAAAGCCGACUACGAAGAAGCCGAGGCGGCGUUUGAAGAAUGUAAGCGCUUCUACCACGUUGAACCUGACGAGUGGGCCGCGGCCGAAGCGCGGUGGCAGGAGUGGGUUGCUAAAAGGGGUUCGGGCAGUGCAGCACUGGAGUCCGGGCGCUUUCAUGUGUCAUUGAACGGCAGGGCGCCGUGGAGGCAGAAAGAGGUGGAUGGUGCUGUCGCCGAGGCGCGCUUCAGCGAGGUGCUUGAGCCCCAGCACAGUGACAAGUGCGUUAGCUGUGAGGCGAAGCGGAUCGCAGAGGAAGACCCGGCUCUCAGCGAUGCUGAGAAGUCUCGUCGAAUCACCAGGCUGGCGCAUGAGAUCCCGCGUCUGCAGUUGUCCUCCUCCGCUGGAGCUUUGGAUCCUGUCAAGGCGUCGAGUGAUUUGAGCGAAGAGAUCUUAGACGAGCUGAACACUUCGACUUGGGGUUCCCAGAAGGUCGAGCUGGUCCAGAAGAAGCACAUGCCAUCGAUUGUAGACAUCCUCAUAGAAUCCUUGCCCAAGCCUGACAUCCUGGGACUGAAGCCGGGGUCCUGGACUGAGCUCGGCGACCGAAGAGAACCUCUCAUUGCUACCAAGCAGCUGCUUCAAAGCACGGACGAUGCAGCGAUGCUUGAUGCAAUGAUGCUCGACCCGACGUUAUUGCUGCGCGCCCGCGUAUUCCGCCAGAACAAGCAAGCGGUGGAGGAAGCGAUAGAUGCACUGAACCAUUCCGAAGGUCUGAGCGCUGCUGAUAGGGAGACUAUGGCCAGAACAACGGCGGAAGCAUGGGAGUUGAAGCGAGAUCUGCUGAAACUGGAAGGUCUACAAAAGACCCUGGGAGUAAGGAUAGAGUGUGCUAAGAAGGGAUACAGCGUCAACGGGUACAAUUCUCGAGUCGCCAGGAUGCGAAGGGAAAACUAUGCGGACGUCGACAGCCAUCCGUUACGAUAUGGGCGUCUUGGCUUCGCAAGGGGAUCGUUCGUUGACCAUGAAGACGAAGAAGAAGAAGAGCCCGGAGAUGAAGAAAAGUACGUCACUGCAGAGGAAAGCAGCAACGAAAUGGACAAACCUCUACAGCUGGAGGAGCAACGCUCUCUGAAGAUUUCAGCACAGCCAGAAGCUGCCGAACUUGAUACCGAACCAAAGCGCUCACCGUCGCCGCUCGGUCUUACCAAUUCAUCUAAACAGCAUAUGCAAACCUUACCACAAGGGCCUACGCAGUCGACAUGCAGCCCAAGCAUGUUCCUUAACACGCUAACGUGUUUUAUAAGCGAGCGCCGCGUACAAGCGAGCGCCGCACCCCACCAGGUUUGCACAUAUCUGUAA